UUUCUCUCGCUUACUCACCCAUUACUAGCGACCAAUCUAACGUAGGUGCCCAUUGGUACAUUGAGUCAACAACCCGAAUAUGUAAACAUCGAGUAUCAGGCAUCAACCAGCAAGUGCCAGUAGCUCCAACUAUCCAUUUUCACCCCAGAGCCACUACGGGAGCACACCCAUUAGUCUCUGUGAACGCGACGACGACGACGACGACCACCACCCCCACAAUGGCUCCCGGUGAAGCAGAUCUCGAAAUACUUCUUUCCAAACUCGAGCCCAUCCUCCAUCCGGACACAUUCGUCUUCCUCACACUUCUCAACACACCAGUCUCUGCGGCGAGCCAAGAUGUGCAAGCACUACAGCCACAACUUCUCUUCCAGGAGGCAGAAGGUACCACACUCGUCAUCGUGCGCGAGAAGGCCAUCGCGCACGGCUUCACCGACUACGUGUUUCCGUGUCGGAUGAUCUCCCUCAGCGUGCACUCGAGUCUUGAGGCAGUGGGUCAUGAUCAUGUCUUCGUGCCGGAGGGCAAGGAGGAAGUUACGAUGCAGGUUAUUGGAGGGAUGUCGCGGGGUGAUCGUGAUUGAUUGAUGUGGUAGGCUUUGGGGGUGGGGUUAGCUAGAGUUUGAUGCUUUCACCUUGA